GGUCAUCUUCUUCAUUUCCCUUCUCUACCUGUCGCUAUUCAUAUAUUCCAAAACUUUUCAAGAAAGCAAGAUAAGAGUGAUUUCUGAAAUUAGGAGAAAUUCAUUUUUUAUUUUUCUGAGUGAAACGCAGACAAUCUUGAAGGAAAAUGGAUGGUAUUACUCCUCGGAAAGCAACUCCAUCGCUGAGCUCUCCUAAUAAGCCUUCUGCUGUUCCAGAUCGUUCGCUUUCUGGGUCGAGAGAAACGAAUGAAAAUGAUCAGCCGGUUGUUCAGAAAUCCUUGACUAAAACUUUCAUGUCACCUACCAUAUCUGCAGCUUCUAAAGCUUCAGUUCCAAUUAGAAAGAAAAUUUUGGCCGAAAGGAAUGAAAUUUCCAGCUCUUGUGAAAGCCAUCCUCGGAACAAAGCCUCAAAUCUUGGGUCUAAAACCAAUUCCCUAAAUUCAACUUCUCAUCAUCGUUCUGGGAAAUUACCUAUUUCUAAUUCCUACAGUUAUGCCUCUGAAUCUGAUAAUGAUCAAGAAAACAACUUUGUUGUUGAUUCAUCCUAUAAGCCUUACGACCCUCUCACUAAUUACCUUGGCCCUAGGCCUAAGUAUCUACGUUACAAGCCAAAUAGGGGUCGUCCUAUCAUUCUUGAUUCAAAUCAAGAAAUCAAACAAGGCGAUUCUAUUGAUUCUCAGGAAUCUGAUGAUAAUGAAGGGUCAUUGGAGCAAGUUCAUGAUUCCUCAAAUCUGCCAGAAAAACAUAGUAAUUUGGAGGCAGAAACUGAAGAAGAUGGGGAUAAUGGUGUUCACGAGGAUGGUGAAGAAAUGGAAGAAGUUGUGGAAGAAAAAUGGGGUCUGAAAUGGUUAUUCAAAAUUUUGCUUCUAUUGGUUGUUUUCUUCCUUUCAGGCUCAAAUUUAUCUUCCAUGAACUCUAUGGUGAGUUCUGACAAUGGCGAUGUGAUUCGCAAGAACAUCUUUGAAGCUGUUUUGCAUGAAAUUUAUGGGAGGGGAAGUGUUCGUAUGGAGCAGCUAGAGUACUCUCAAAGUAACCUUCUGGAGUUGAGUCAAAGAGGGACUUAUCAUGAACUUAAGGCAGUUGAAUUUGUUGAAGAUGUUGUGGGUUUCUUGAAUGUGGAAACUGCUGAAAUGGAAGAAACAGCUGAGAAACUGAGAGGAACAAGUGCAGAUAUUGAUAUUGAACGAGACAGCACAGAGGUUAAUGUUACUGAUCAGAGUGUACAUGGUGGUGAAGAGGAGGAAACCAUGUCAAAAGCUGCUGGUGAAGUUACUAGUUCCAAUGAGGCAGAUGAGGAAGAAGCUGAAUGUUUUCAUGAGCAGCUACAGAGGGAUCAAGUUCUUGGGAAGGACUCUAAUCAAGAUGAGGAAAUCAUGUCAAAAGCUGCUGAUGAAAUUACCAGUUCCAAUGAAGUGAAUGAGGAAGAAAUUGAACCAUUGCUUGAUGUCAUUUCAAGUACUUUUUCCAAUGUGCAGUGUGCUGCUCAGUCAAGUUACAAAUUUGAGCAAGCAGAAGCUGCUUACAAUGUUGAGCAGGUGGAGGUAAUCUCAGAGGAAAUUGCUGUAGAUGAAGAAUUAUCUGAGACAGAAUUUAAAGUAGCUGAAGUAAUUGACACCGAAUCUGAAACCAGCAAUCUUGACAUUGAAAUAGAGUCUGAGAAAGUUGAAGUUGAAGAAAUUGGACUGAACAACACAGUUAUUAUCAUUGGAGUUUCUGCAGCUUCAGUGCUUUUAGUGGCAUCUUUGGUUACCAUCUAUGUUUCAAGGAAACCAAGAGCUUCUAUCGAAACUCCUCAAACUGGGAUACUAAAUGUUCCAGUUAUUGCUAGCACUACUGAAGAACUCUUAAAGGGGAAAACUGAAACUUCUGUAAAGGCUUCAUCUUUGCAUGAAUCACUGAAUGACCCCUCAGAAAAUCACAGAAACUCUUACCUUGAGAGAACACCUGCCAUUGGCUCCACUACACAAGCUUCAUCUUUGUUUGGUCCAAAGAAAGAAGCAUUAAAAGAGAUUAGUCAAAUCAGUGCUCCAAAUGUUGAACUGCUAGGGGAAAUGGUACUUGAAGAAGUCAGCAGCAGCUCCCUUAGAAGUUGUGUUAGGAAAAACAGUGUAAUUGAAGCAGAAGAGAACAGCAACACUAAAGGCAGAAAAGCAUCUGUUGUGGAUCAUUCUAAAACAGAUUCUGCAUCUUAUGGAAGCUUUACAGCUGAAAAGAAGAUCAUCAAGAAAAAGCAGGUGGAGAAAGAUGGAGAAGAGGUCAAGAAGAUGGUGUUGACAACCCCAGUUAGGCGAUCAAGCCGAAUUGCUGCUAUGUCCCCUUGACUGGAUAACUGUAGGAUUUUUUUGUUGUUAGUGUAGUGGAAACAGCAUCUCUGUUGUUUCAUAUUCUAUGGUCUUCUUUCAGAUCAAAUGAUGUAGUACUGCAUCAAGUGCAAUGGCAACUAAUUGUAACUUGUAGGAAAUGAUGAAUCUCUUAACUUUCAAUAGAAAAUUCAACUAUCUUGAUCA